AUGUGGGCACGGCGCAUCAGUCUAUCGCUCGUUCUCGCCAGUAAAUGGGGUUUAAUCAAUGCGAUCUCGCCCGUGGAGGAGUACGAUGUGCUGCAGUAUAUUGACCCGCUGAUCGGCAGCGCCAACGGCGGAAAUGUCUUUCCUGGUGCCUCACUGCCCUAUGGUAUGGCCAAGGCAGGCGCUGAUACCAACUCUGGUAGCAACCAGGGCGGUUUUGCAUAUGAUGGGAGCAACGUAACUGGAUUUUCCAGCAUGCAUGAUUCGGGAACAGGUGGCAGCCCAUCACUUGGAAAUUUUCCGCUCUUUCCUUAUGCCAGUUGCAAAGAUGACGACGUGAACGGCUGCGCAUAUCCAAAGAAAUCGCGAGCUACGCCUUAUGCGCCAGACUCGGUCCAGGCCAGUCCCGGCUACUUUGCACUAUCACUACAGUCGGGGAUUGAUGUCGAGAUGACGGCCGCUCAUCACACAUCACUCUUCCGAUUCAAGUUUCCAGAGGGUAGCAGUCCGUUGAUUCUUUUGGACCUCUCUGAUCUGUCUGAUUCUCGACAAGACAACGCGACUAUCGUCAUUGAGGAAGAGAGUGGUCGGAUGACAGGCAGCGGGAGAUUCCUGCCAAGCUUUGGAAGUGGAUCAUACACACUCCACUUCUGCGCCGAUUUCCAGAGUUCUGGCCCUAUUCGGGAUAGUGGCAUUUUUGUCGACGCUCGGGCAAGUACCGAUGUGCAUGAAUUGAAAAUCUCGCGAAGUAUCAAUGGAUAUCCGCUACCGGGAGGCGGUUUCAUUCGCCAUGAGGCCGCAGCAGAUCGUAUCGUGCAGGCCCGCGUAGGUGUAAGCUUCGUCAGUUCCGCGCAAGCUUGCUCCCAUGCCGAAAACGAGAUUGGUGACUUCGACUUUGAAGCUACACACCAAGCUGCGGUUGAGCAAUGGACGGAGAAAUUGCGUCCUAUCCGGGUCUCACGCACUGACGUUCAGCCGUCGGUUCUUACAAACUUCUACAGUGGUAUCUACCGAACUAUGAUCAAUCCUCAGAACUAUACCAACGAAAACCCUCUUUGGAAGAGCCCAGAGCCGUACUUUGACUCUUUCUACUGUCUUUGGGAUUCGUUUCGCUCUCAAAUCCCUUUUUUGACGAUCUUUGACCCGCAUGCCGUCACCCAGAUGGUGCGAUCAUUGAUUGACACACAGCGCCAUUUGGGCUGGCUGCCUGAUUGUCGUAUGUCCCUAUGCAAGGGUUUCACACAGGGCGGUUCAAAUGCUGACAAUAUCUUGGCCGACGCAUAUGUCAAGGGAUUGAAUGAUGGGAUCGACUGGACAGCAGGAUAUGCGGCGGUGAAAAAGGAUGCCGAGGAAGAGCCUUUCGACUGGUCCAAUGAAGGCCGUGGUGGACUUGAAAGUUGGAAGAAUCUGCAUUACAUUCCCGCCGAAGAUUUUGACCAUCUAGGCUUCGGCACGAUGACACGCAGCAUCUCCAGAACCUUGGAGUACUCGUACAACGAUUUUGCCAUCGCACAGAUGGCCCGGGGUAUGAAUACGACCGCUGAUGCCGAAAGGUAUGAGAAACAGUCGGGAUCGUGGAAGAAUCUUUUCAAAGCCGAUCAGACCUCAUACCUGAAUGGAACAAAUACCGGAUUCACAGGAUUUUUCCAACCAAAAUAUCUCAACCAGACCUGGGGCAGUCAAGAUCCACUCAAGUGCUCGAAUAUUGAUAACAGCGGAAGCAUCUGCUCGCUUCAGAAUACUGGAGCCGAAACUUUCGAGUCCAGCAUCUGGGAAUACCAAUUGUAUGUCCCAAUGAAUCUCUAUCUUUAUUUCUUUCAUGAACAAGUUCUACUCCUAACCAAAGAGAAAAAAAACAGCUUUGUGCCGCACGACAUGGCCGCUCUGAUCCCCAUGCUAGGAGGUCCUUCCACUUUCGUCAAACGCUUGGACUUCCUCCACGAUCAGAAUAUCACUUACAUCGGCAACGAGCCAGCCUUCCUCACCGUUUUCCAAUACCACUAUGCCGGUCGUCCCGCGAAAUCCACCGCUCGAGUCCGCACUUACAUCCCCGACUACUUCUCUCCAACUCCCUCGGGACUUCCCGGAAACGACGACUCAGGUGCCAUGGGCUCAUUCGUCGCCAUGUCUAUGAUGGGUCUCUUCCCGAACCCAGGCCAGAGUGUUUAUCUGAUCACCGUCCCAUUUUUCGAGACGAUCAGCAUCACUUCACCACUUACAGGAAACACUGCAACCGUCCACGUCGCCAACUGGAAUGAUUUCAGUGACAAAAACUCCACAGGAAGCACGGGCUUUAUCCAGUCGGCGACUUUGAACGGUAAACCUUUUACCCGCAAUUGGAUCACCCAUGACUUCUUCACAGAGGGGCAGGAGCUUAUUCUCGUGUUGGGCUCUGAUGAAAGUACAUGGGGCACUGGCGCUGAUGAUCUUCCGCCUUCUUUGUCGACGAGUGCAGCGUCGAGCCUCUAA